AUCAUUACCAUCAGAAUUCUUCGUGAUAGAGAUGAUAAACCUAAAGGUUUUGGAUAUGUUGAAUUUGAGGACGUAGAGUCAUUGACAAAAGCAUUGCAGCUAAGCGGAGAGUCGCUUGGAAAUCGGCCAAUCAGAGUUAGCGUGGCUGAACCACCAGCUCGUGAUCGUGAACAACGCGAAGAUCGGACAGCUGGUGAAUGGCGACGAAUAAUUCCAAGGGAAUCAACUGUUCCAUCUCCGAGGAGUGAUCGCUUUAAUGAUAAACCCGGUCAUCGAGAAGAUAAAUGGGGUGACCGUGGAUUUCGUGAUCGUGGAGACCGAGUUGAUCGUAAUGAACGCAGUAGCGAAAGAGGAGAUCGUGGUGGAGAGAGAGUAGAUCGUAAAGUCGAUACGGAAUGGAGAGGCGGUGCUUUUAGUAGCAGCAGGUCGAGCAGUUUUCGUGAACGCCGUUCGGAGGAAAGAAUUGGUAAACAUAACAAUUCAAUGAGAAAAUUUGAGACAGGAUCGUUUUCAAAAUCAAAAUCUGAAAACUCAGUUUCUAUCACUACGCGUGCAGCAGCAGCAUCCGAUACCGGCACAUCGUUGCCAACAGCGCGUAAAAAGUUAGAACUAAAACCACGAAGUACAGUCGCUCCUUCAAACGAAACACCUACUCCACGAUCAACCAAACCAAAUCCGUUUGGUGAUGCCAAACCAAUAGAUUCGGACGAAGCGCUCCGACGG